AUUCAAAGAACCAAUCUUAAUUCUGAUGCCUUCUAGCUUCCUCUAUUGAAGAUGGGUGCUAUUAGUUAUUUAGACACUAUAUUGGUGCCCUCAAGCCUUUUCCUCUUAAUGGUUUACCAUGCUUAUCUAUGGCACAUCUUCAAGAAAAAUCCCUCCUUCACCUCCACUGGAGCUGACAGAAGAUCAAGAAGUAUGUGGGUUCUAAGUAUACAAAAGGAAAAUGAGAAAAGGGGAAUUCUGGCAGUCCAAAGCUUGAGGAACUCUCAAAUGAGCACAAUACUAUCAGCUACCAUAGCUAUUACUCUGUAUACCUCAUUGGCAGUUCUAGCUAACAACACAUAUAAUGCAGCUCACCUUCUCAAAAACAGUUUCUUUGGUACACAAUCUGACUUGCUUAUAGUUCUAAAGUUCAGCUUGGUAUCAAUCUUUCUAUUGUUUAGCUUCUUAUGCUGUUCCUUGGCACUUGGAUGCUUGACUGAGGCUAAUUUCCUUCUAAAUGUGUCAAGUGAUUUUUUGCCGGGAUACCCAUUUGCGGUAUUCGAUCGGGGAUUCGUGUUAGCUUUUGUCGGAAAUCGGGCAUUAUGUGUUUGUUUUCCUUUGUUGUUAUGGAUGCUUGGCCCUGUGCCUCUUGUAUUAUCAUCUGUAGUAUUGGUUUGGGUGUUUUAUAAGCUUGAUUUUGUUGGUAAAAGCAAAAAGGAAGUGAUUCUUUUGUGAAAUAAGUUGCAGGAAAUGUACUUUAGUUAACUUUCAAGGAAAAUGCAUUCAAGAGAGUUUCUCCCCAAA